CCACUUCCCCAUACCACACCACACCACAGCUCGGCGCCUUGCCUGCUUCGCCACUCCCACUAGUACAAAGGGGAAGGAGGGGGAGGCCCUCUCCCCCCUUCUCCUCCUUCCUCCCGACCCCCGGCAGGAAAUGGCGGCCUCCUCUCCCUCCGCCCUCGCGCUCUCCCCCACCACGCGGGUAGCUGGCUCGUCCGUGCUGCUGGCGCUGAGGCGGACGCCGGCGACGCGCCUGGCCGCGGUUUCCUCCGGCCAGCUCCGCGCCUGCUCUUGGGGCGCGCUGCGCCAUCUCCGGCCGGAACCCCCCCGCUCCAGGGCGCCUCUGCUCCGGCCUCGCGCAUGGCUGUCGACGUCCCAGAUUGCCAGCUCCGCCUUCACCCUGGGCACCGUCGCCGUCCUCCCCUUCUACACGCUCAUGAUCGCCGCCCCCAACGCCAACAUCACUAAGCGCGCCGUGGAGAGCACCGCCCCCUACGUGGCGCUCGGCCUCCUCUACGCCUACCUGCUCUACCUCUCCUGGACCCCCGACACCAUCCGCGCCAUGUUCGCCAGCAAAUACUGGCUCCCGGAGUUGCCUGGCAUUGUGAGGAUGUUCGCGAGCGAGAUGACCGUUGCCUCCGCCUGGAUCCACCUCCUUGCCGUCGACCUCUUCGCCGCAAGACAAGUGUACCAGGAUGGCAUCAAGAACAACAUCGAGACCAGGCAUUCGGUUUCGCUGUGCCUGCUCUUCUGCCCCAUUGGGAUUGCCGCUCAUGCGCUCACUAAGGUACUGGCGGGUUCCACAGGUCGACCGCACUGACGACCGAUUGCGUGUAGGCAGGCUCCCCUUGUUUAGAUGGCUCAGAUCGUGAGAUUCAGAUAUAUGAAUAAAAUUGAUUUGAUGCACCAUCUGUUCCAUGUAGAUUUCACAUUGAUUAUUCCCACCCAUUCAAUUGGAAUUGGCUCGAGCAACUGAAUCUACUCUUCAUAGAAGGGCUAGGACAGCUUAUUUGUACUAUCUGAGUCAUGUCAUGAAGAAAUGUACAUCUAAUUUAUAUCAUGUCUCAGAUUUAAUGGUGA